AAUCUACUAGCAUGCACACGCGGUGAUUCGUUGUUGUACUUAAUGUAUUCUAACCUCUAAACACCACUGACGCCGAUUGAGUAUAACAGCUACAGUACUCAAAAAUGGCCAUGGAUAUUAGACCGAAUAAUACGAUUUAUAUUAAUAACUUGAAUGAGAAAAUAAAGAAGGAUGAACUUAAGAAAUCCUUGUAUGCAAUUUUUUCUCAGUUUGGUCAAAUAUUAGAUAUUGUAGCCUUAAAAACAUUAAAAAUGCGUGGACAAGCAUUUGUUAUUUUUAAGGAAAUAGCUAGUGCAACAAAUGCAUUAAGAUCAAUGCAAGGAUUCCCAUUUUACGACAAACCAAUGAGGAUACAAUAUGCAAAAACUGACAGUGAUAUAAUUGCAAAAAUGAAAGGCACCUAUGCAGAACGACCUAAGAAACCAAAACGAAUUGUUCCUGCGGCUGAUGAAGAAGCUAAACGUGCUAAGAAGAGAGCCAAGGAACAAGCCAAACAUUCUCAACAAAUUGGUUAUCAUGCCGGUGUACCGCAACACCCAGGUUUAGUCAACACUGCUGUACCAGAACAACCACCAAAUCAAAUUCUAUUCCUUACAAAUUUGCCAGACGAGACUAGUGAAAUGAUGUUGUCUAUGUUGUUCAAUCAAUUUCCUGGUUUCAAAGAAGUACGUUUGGUGCCAAACAGGCAUGACAUUGCAUUCGUUGAAUUCGAAAAUGAAGUUCAAUCGGGAGCUGCAAAAGAUGCCCUUCAAGGAUUUAAAAUCACACCUUCUCAUGCAAUGAAAAUAUCUUUUGCAAAGAAGUAAACUACAUAAUAUUAUAGUGAAUAUGGAAAUGUUAUUAAGGAAUGAGCAAAUGUGUGUGUUGUAACUGAACUAUUUAGAAAUGUAUGCAACGCGUAAUCAAUCUUGAAUGAAGAUUUGAACGUAUAAACCUGAAACAUACCAUUUACAUUCAAGAACAUUACAUGUACAAAAUUUUAUGUAAUGUAUACAUAUAUACAAAAGUACACAUUGUAAAUAGGAAUUAAAAGAUAUAUAACAUUUUUCAGAAAUACAUCCAUUAUAUGUGA